UGCGCGGAAUUUCGAAGUAUUGGGAUUGCUUUAGGAUCUGCCUUUUGAAACCUCGAUCAAAAAAUUAAAAAAGGGAAAGUUGUGAAACUCUGUUAUUGUAAAUUAAUUGUAUCAAUGGUUCUUUACCUCACUUUGGAACCUCCGGUAUUAUUGAUACAUGUUUCACUUGGAUAGAGUGAGUUUUUCAGGAAAGACAGUGGAACGAUAAGUACCUAACUAUGGGCUACUGAUUCUGAAGUGGUUUUACACGCAGUGGAACUCGCGUUCCGUCUCUAAGUUUCCAAGAAUUUCUUAUGCAACGUUGAUAAUUUCUAGUCCGCAGUAAUUCUGAUUUGAUCAUUCUUCUGUAAUCUGGAUCCAGAGAACAAGCAGUCCACAACUGCGAAGCCGCCGUUUUGCAUUCUGCUAUUGUUCUUCAUCGUCUUAAUGUUAUUCGCUUAAUUACGUACGAAUCCCCUACGGCAGCUAUAUUCUGCAAGCUAUCGCUGACAAGAAUCGAAACAAGUAGACGGUGGGGAAAGGAAAUAGAAUGAAUGCUCCACGGCGCUUUACAUCUCGAAGAGUGCACAACCUGAGGGAUUUGACAUCGGCUUCGGGUUUGUCCUCCUUGAAAUCUGGAAAUUCUUAUAAAAGGAAACUGGUGGAUAAUAAUCGUGAUUUUAUUGACGAUGAAGCCGAAAGCGAUCCGGAAUUACAAACCUUACGCCUGGCUGUUUUUGCGUCGAAAAGACAGGAACCAUCGCAUCCAGCUGGCUCCAGUCGUAGUCGCGACCAUCCCGAUAGUUCUUCCUUAAAAAACACGAGAGACUCUUCCUCAGACCACAGAGCGUAUUCGGAUAGAAAGCACUCGGAUUCCCUGGCAUCUCCUGAUAAGGGCUACAGUAAAUCUCCAAAACUGGAAGAUCUUGAUAUAGAAGAUCUGAAACGGAGGAUCCGGACGAAAAAACGAUCCCGUUAUGGGCGGAGGAACGAUUCGGAUUCGGACCAGAGUUCAAGUGAAGACGACUACUACGAUUACGCGAAGUCAAGGCGCACUGAAUCGUCUGAUCUGCCCACUGGCCGAGCAAAACCCAACUUCAGUCCUCCGAAAAAUGGCAACGACACCAGUAUUCUCUCGCUGCAGCGCCAGACGAGCAAUAACAGUAUUCAUGGCCGUGUCUCACGGGCGGAACGCCAGAAUUCAUCUUCCUCAUCAUCCAAACCCUCCGCUGGGUCAACCAACAACACGACCAUUGUAACGAAGCCCAUGGAAGAAGAACCGCCCGCCCCGACCGUCAACGACACCGCCAUGAUGGAACGCCGUCGCCAGAAAUUCCAAUCCGGAGUCGGGCCCGUCAAUCCGGAAGAGAAAUCCAAAGUCUCCUUAGCCAGCCUGAAAUCGAAUCCUUCGUCGUCGUUGUCGUCAGCAAAGGAAGCCGAAAGUAUGCCUAAGACUGCUUCAGAUUGAAGAUGGGGCCUAAUAGUGGCUGCCGUAGUUUGUUGCAUGUAGUGAAUGCAACAGCAUCGCUCAUAAGUAUGACAUGUACCAUGUUAUUCAGCGGGAUACGGAUGAGAUUGCUACUCAGUUGUUCACUAACUGAGCGAGAUGACAGAAAAGUCAGAAAAGAAAUAAAUUUUAU